AUGACCAGGGCAUCAUUGUCCAUGAAGCCCUCAUCCUUCAAAACCAACCUGACCCUUCGCUCUCUGAGCACCCGCGCAACCACCUACAAACUCAACAACGGCAUAUCCAUUCCAGCCCUGGGUUUUGGCACAUUCCAAGACCCCGAUUCCCAGGAAGAAACCGUCAGUCGAGCCCUCCAAAAGGGCAUGCGCCUAAUCGACACAGCCCGUGUCUACGACGUCGAAUCGCAAGUCGGAAAGGGAAUCAAGAAGAGCGGAAUUCCCCGCGAAGAAAUCUUCCUCGGCACGAAGCUAUGGUGUAACGAUUACCACCCCGAAGACGUGGAGCGCGCAUUGGACGAUUCCCUCCGUGACCUCGAUACUCCAUACGUGGAUCUCCUGUUGAUGCACUACCCGUGUACAUUCAAGCGCGGUCCCGAGCGGUUCCCUCGCGAUGCCGAGGGGAGGAUGAUUGCAGGCGAAACGAGCUACGUGGAUACCUGGAAGGCAAUGGAGAAACUCGUGAAGACCGGAAAGGUCAAGUCGAUCGGUGUUUCGAACUUUAGCAAAGGCGAGAUCGAGACUUUAAUCAAGGAAUCGUCCACAGUCCCAGCCGUCCACCAAAUGGAAGUCCACCCAUACCUCCAACAAAAAUCCUUCAACGCAUGGCUUAAAGCCCAAGGCAUCCACGUCGUCCAAUUCAGUCCAUUGGGAAACAUGAACGAUUUCUACCGCCAAACCGGCUGGUCCAAGCAAGUCUCCCACAUGAUGCGCGUAAUCGACCAACCCAUCCUCAAAGAAAUUGGUGAAAAGUACGGGAAAAGUCCCGUGCAGGUCGUUCUUGCUUGGGGGAUUAAUAACGGUCGCUCUGUUAUCCCAAAGAGUGUGGUUGAUUGGCAGAUUGAGGAGAAUUUGGAGGCGGAUUUCCGGCUGGAGGAGGGGGAUAUGGAGAGGAUUGCGACUUUAGAUGCGAAGGCGAGAUUCAAUGAUCCGAGUUUGGAUUAUGAGUGGCGGUUGUAUAGUGAUCUUGAGGGGAUUGAGGGGACUGUUAGGGGGAAGACUCAUUAG